AUGCUUACCUGUUAUGCCUUUACCGGUAUUGCUUUAGUGAUCGUGCCCUUUUGCUUUAUGUUGAUCACAAAGCAAAAAAUACUUCCGUAUGGAUUCCAUAUUCCUUACAUAGAUAAAUCCACAUGGGGAGGAUAUGCCCUUAACUAUUUCCUGCAGCUUUUGUUAACGAUUAAUGUUUCAUCUGGUGAUAUGGGAUCAGACUGUAUUUACGUGAUCAUGAUGAUGAGCUCGUUUACCCAAAUUGACCUUAUUAUGUGCUCGCUAAAAAGUAUUGAUCACAUGAUUCAACAGAAAGACGCCAAUGUUCAGAAUACCAUUGAAGAAAUUAUCGUCAAACACCAGGAACACUUGAAAUUCUUGACUACGGCAGAAAACGUGUUUCGCUUUAAUUUCCUUGUCACUUUCACAAGCUUGUCAUUGGUUCUUGUUACCGCUUUAUAUGCAGCCGUUAUGCUUUCAUGGUACCAAGGCUACAUAUUCAUAGUAUUCAUAGGCUAUCAACUGUUCUUUGGCUGCAUCCUCGGGACUGUACUGGAAAUAAAGGUAUCUCACAUAUUCUACUACAACUCAAGAAACACUACAGAACAUACAAUUGUAGAUCGAACAACUACAGCGGGAAAUUUACAAUCUACCUUGGUACAAACUGUCAGUUCCGAAUCAAAAAUCCCUACAGAUAUUCUUGAUGUCUGUGCAAUGUACUAG